GCUCGCCGCUCCGCUGGGACCCGCACAGCGCCAGUGGCUCGGGGGUCGGCCCUCGCCUCCUCCCUGGCCCGGGCCUAGAGCCACCCCCAACCAGAGGCCGGAGACAGCUGGAGAGGCUGCCGCAUCCCGGCCCAGCCUCCCCUACCAUCCCUCCCCCUUCCACUGGACAUCUGGACCCUAGGCCCCCGCACCGACAGGGUUCCGGAAACCCUCCCCGCCCAGCCCGGCGGCCGGGCCCCGCGCCUCUCUCUCUCUAGAGCCCCCCAGCCCGCCUCAAGACUAGACUUCCGCCUACCCCUGGACACCUCCUCCCGGUCCCCUCCCUCCCCCCCUCCCACAGCCUGGACCAGGGUAGGAGGGAGGGGGGGUGUGCGCCCGGCGCCGUCCCCGCCCCGCCCCCCGUGAUUCCCCCUGCAUGGCCGGCCCGGGUGGGGGGAGCGGGGGGGCCCGGGCGCCAUGCGGGGGGGGCACAAAGGGGGUCGCUGUGCCUGUCCCCGUGUGAUCCGAAAAGUGCUGGCAAAAUGCGGCUGCUGCUUCGCCCGGGGGGGACGUGGGGUGCCCUGGUGAAAUUUUCUAUCCUGGCCAACUCAAAUGAGGAUGGCAAGAGAGUGAGCCCUUGGAGAGAGAGGCUGAGCAUCAUGAAGAGAAGACCCUGGGAGUUCCCUGGGGACCCUGAGUCUGGAGCUGGGGCAAGGCCCCCCAGGGCCCAUCAGUGGCCUGAGGAGAUGGUUGGAUCAUUCCAAACAUUGUCUCAGUGUGGAAACUGAGGCAGACAGUGGUCAGGCAGGACCAUAUGAGAACUGGAUGUUGGAGCCAGCUCUAGCCACAGGAGAGGAGCUGCCGGAACUGACCUUGCUGACCACAUUGUUGGAGGGCCCUGGAGAUAAGACGCAGCCACCUGAAGAGGAGACUUUGUCCCAAGCCCCUGAGAGUGAGGAGGAACAGAAGAAGAAGGCUCUGGAAAGGAGUAUGUAUGUCCUGAGUGAACUGGUAGAAACAGAGAAAAUGUACGUGGACGACUUGGGGCAGAUUGUGGAGGGUUACAUGGCCACCAUGGCUGCUCAGGGGGUCCCCGAGAGUCUUCGAGGCCGUGACAGGAUUGUGUUUGGGAAUAUCCAGCAAAUCUAUGAGUGGCACCGAGACUAUUUCUUGCAAGAGCUACAACAGUGUUUGAAAGAUCCUGAUUGGCUGGCUCAGCUAUUCAUCAAACACGAGCGCCGGCUGCAUAUGUAUGUGGUGUACUGUCAGAAUAAGCCCAAGUCAGAGCAUGUGGUGUCAGAGUUUGGGGACAGCUACUUUGAGGAGCUCCGGCAGCAGCUGGGGCACCGCCUGCAGCUGAACGACCUCCUCAUCAAACCUGUGCAGCGGAUCAUGAAAUACCAGCUGCUGCUCAAGGAUUUUCUCAAGUAUUACAAUAGAGCUGGGAUGGAUACUGCAGAGCUAGAGCAAGCUGUGGAGGUCAUGUGCUUUGUGCCCAAGCGCUGCAACGAUAUGAUGACGCUGGGGAGAUUGCGGGGAUUUGAGGGCAAACUGACUGCUCAGGGGAAGCUCUUGGGCCAGGACACUUUCUGGGUCACCGAGCCUGAGGCUGGAGGGCUGCUGUCUUCCCGAGGUCGAGAGAGGCGCGUCUUCCUCUUUGAGCAAAUCAUCAUCUUCAGUGAAGCCCUGGGAGGAGGAGUGAGAGGUGGAACACAGCCUGGAUAUGUAUACAAGAACAGCAUUAAGGUGAGCUGCCUGGGACUGGAGCGGAACCUCCAAGGUGACCCUUGCCGCUUUGCAUUGACCUCCAGAGGGCCAGAGGGUGGGAUCCAGCGCUAUGUCCUGCAGGCUGCAGACCCUGCUAUCAGUCAGGCCUGGAUCAAGCAUGUGGCUCAGAUCUUGGAGAGCCAACGGGACUUCCUCAACGCAUUGCAGUCACCCAUUGAGUACCAGAGACGGGAGAGCCAGACCAACAGCCUGGGGCGGCCAGGAGGGCCUGGAGUGGGGAGCCCUGGAAGAAUUCGGCUUGGAGAUCAGGCCCAGGGCAGCACACACACACCCAUCAAUGGCUCUCUCCCCUCCCUGCUGCCAUCACCCAAAGGGGAGGUGGCCAGAGCCCCCUUGCCACUGGAUAAACAGGCCCUUGGUGACAUCCCCCAGGCUCCCCAUGACUCUCCUCCAGUCUCUCCAACUCCAAAAACCCCUCGCUGCCAAGCCAGACUUGCCAAGCUGGAUGAAGAUGAGCUGUAACUGGUGAAAACCAUGGGGGUGGUACUGACUCAGCCGCCUAUUCCCCGAGGAGCUUCAGGGCAGUCCUUCUGGCACUGCUCCAGAAUUCCUCCUUCUUGGUGUGCCUGGAGGGUGGGCAAGGCUGGGAGGGAUAUCAACUUGGAGGAGAGCACCUAGACCCAAGGACUUUUUUCCGCCCAAGGAACACAGUUUCCUUUAGCUCCCACCCCUAUGCAUGCAUCAUGGUCCCCCCAAAAGGAGGAUAUGUGGGUGGGUGGGAGGGCUGGGGCAGGGGCCAGAUGGAAAUUAUUGGUUUUGUUUUUUAAUUUUGUUUUUCCUGUUUUCUGAGAAUAAAGGUUUUGUUAUAUCA